GCGGGCAGCAGCAGCGGCCCCCAGGCCGGCAUCCGGUGCCUGGGGACGGCGGGGGACAGCCAGCUGCAGGCCUACGGCGCCUACAGCCUGGCGCUGGCCGGACUGGGCGGCGCCCUGCCGCUGCUGCUCACGCUCGCGGCCUAUGGCGCCCUGGUGCACGCCGUGCUGCGGAGCCACGGCACUACGGUGGCCGAGAAGCUGCGCGUGGCCGUGCUGGUGGCCAGCGGGGUGGCCCUGUACGCCGGCUCCUACGUGCCCUACCACGUCAUGCGGGUGCUCAACGUGUACGCCCGCCUGCGCUGGAGGGCCCGCUGCCCCAACUUCACCAGCGAGAGCGCGGCGGUGCACGCCCUGGAGCUGCGCACCUACCUGAGCUACCAGGCCACGCGCGGCCUCAUCCCGCUGGCCAUGUGCCUCCACCCCCUGCUCUACAUGGCCGUGGCGCCCAGUCUGGGCUGCUGCCGCCGCCUCCGCUGCCCAGGGUGCAGGGCAUGCCUGGAGCCGGAGGACACCCAGGACUCCGGCCACGCCCGGCCCCUCGAGGUCACCGCCAAAACCGCAGAGCCACGGUCCCUGGAGCAGAGCCAGCUGUGACCGGCCUACCGGAGCCGCCUGCUCACCACAGGCGCCAGGACCCUGCUUCCUCCCCAGAGAAGCCUGUGGUGGCAGGUGGGUGGGACCAGCCC